GGCCAGCGACCCGGAAGUGGUUCUGGGGGCCGGGAGGGCCUGAGGUGGAGCUGCAGACUUCGGGUGGUGCUUCGCGUGUGACUCCCGGUCCCGUUCAGCUCUGAGACCCGCGCGGCAGUCGUGCUGCCGGGGCCAUGGCCUCCGUGCUGUCCUACGAAAGCCUGGUCCACGCCGUGGCCGGAGCCGUGGGAAGCGUGACUGCAAUGACAGUGUUUUUCCCCCUGGACACAGCCAGGCUUCGACUGCAGGUUGAUGAAAAAAGAAAGUCAAAAACUACACACACGGUGCUCCUGGAGAUUAUUAAAGAAGAAGGCCUCCUGGCACCAUAUCGAGGGUGGUUUCCAGUUAUUUCCAGUCUCUGCUGCUCCAAUUUUGUCUAUUUCUACACUUUCAAUAGCCUCAAAGCAGUAUGGGUCAAAGGUCAACAUUCUUCUACUGGAAAAGAUCUGGUAGUUGGAUUUGUUGCAGGAGUGGUAAAUGUGUUGCUGACAACUCCACUGUGGGUGGUAAAUACCAGACUCAAGCUGCAAGGGGCAAAAUUUCGGAAUGAAGACAUUAUACCAACUAACUACAAAGGUAUCAUCGAUGCUUUCCACCAGAUCAUUCGAGAUGAAGGGAUCUUGGCGUUGUGGAAUGGCACCUUUCCCUCCUUGCUGCUGGUCUUCAAUCCUGCCAUCCAGUUCAUGUUCUACGAAGGCUUAAAACGGCAGCUUCUAAAGAAGCGGACAAAGCUCUCUUCUCUGGAUGUGUUCAUCAUCGGUGCCAUAGCCAAAGCGAUUGCCACCACAGUCACCUAUCCCAUGCAGACAGUACAGUCAAUUCUAAGGUUUGGACGUCACAGACUCAAUCCAGAAAACAGAACCCUGGGGAGUCUUCGGAAUGUUCUCUAUCUUCUUCAUCAGCGAGUCAAACGCUUUGGAAUAAUGGGACUCUACAAAGGCCUUGAAGCCAAGCUGCUCCAGACAGUGCUCACAGCUGCCCUCAUGUUCCUUGUCUAUGAGAAAUUGACAGCUGCUACCUUCACUGUAAUGGGGCUGAAGAGCGCACAGAAGCCCUGAGGCCUGUGCAGGGAAAGUGUGGGAUGAAGAUGCUGAUGGAGAUGCUGCCGAGCUAAGAGAGGUGAUACUCCUUUCAGUCUGGCUCCUUCCACCACAAACAUUACUGGCAUUGGCUGAAAAGCAUGGAAGGCAAAUAGGAAGUGUAGCCACUGGGGCCUGUUGCCACCUUAAUUUUUGUGAUGUCUGGUUGGAUUUGGGGGUGGAGGUUAGAUGAAUACAAAAACUGAAAACCUAAAAAUGGAAGUUUGUGGGGGGUUAUUGAUUUUUCUCAAGGAGAGUAGACUUUCCAUCUAGAAUUUCUCUCAACCUCACCAACUGUUCUCUUUCCGUAAACUCCCUUCUAGGUUCUAUCCAGUCAGUCUCCUCAGAUACGUUUAUGUGUCUUAAUCUCGGUAUUUUUCUCAUUAAAAAUAGCAUCAUGACUGUGCCUUGGGCAUGACUUUCUGUUUGACUUUUUCCUCCUGCUUAAAGAUAGUUAACUGAACUAUUUAUUUUGUGGGGGAAAUGAAAAUGAUUAAUCCCAAAUGAUUUUCUUACAAGCUAUUUGUAAAUGCCGCUUACUUGUUAGUGUUUGACAUAGUUUUGAAAAGUACAUAUUUAUUUUGGAUCAAGUCUUUUAUUACAAAAGUUUUUGUCCAUCCAUGCAAGCUCCAGUCAGACAAGCUUCAAUAAAUUGUCAGCACCCAAAAAAAUGUUCUUGAAAGUUGCUCUUAAUUAAGAUCUGACAUUGGGUGUGUGACCAGAUGGUUAGAAAAGAAAAAAAAAAAAAAAAAUCACAAAAAUUGGUUGGGAAGCAGACACCUUGGGUAAGCUCCGGAAUAUUCUCCUUUGUUGGGUCUUUGGAAGCUGUAUGUCUUGAGAAACAUCUGGUGCAGGUUAUUUCUAUUUGGAAACAUUCCCUAGAGUCCUACUACUCAAGAGUGUGAUCCAUCAAACAGCUGUGUUGACAUCAGCUGAGCUGUGUCAGGCUCGAAGCCCAGGCCUUCUGAAUCAGAGUUUAUAGUUUAGCAAGCCCCCAGGUGAUUCCUGUCUAUAAUGAAGUGAGAGCAAGAGAUCCUGAGGGCCCUGGCUCAACAGAAACUGGAAUUGGCUUCACUUACAGAAACCAAGGUGAUUAUGUCUCUCAAAGGAAAGUUAAAUUACUGUAGAAAGACAGCCUCAGAAAAAAAUCUAGGAAUCCUGUGUCAUUCGUUGUUCAGUUUCCACUCAGAGCACAUAAGGAAGGAACAGAUUCAGACCACCCACCCACCAAGAAAAUUCACAGUCAAAUAAUAAUUCUUCAUAUAGAAUAAUUCUUUAUCACAUCUCAGCUCUUUGGAAGAGAUCAAGUAUAGCAUCUGUUCUUAUUUGAAUAACUUUUGUUCUCGUGAUUUGGUUUUUGUUCCUCUAAAAAUCAACACAUAUUUUGUUUGUAAGCCUGUGAUUCAGUCAGAGAAGUAAUGACAACUCUGUGCACUUCAGACUCAGAGAGGAAAUUCCUUUCUCCCGUGUUUCUUCUCCUUAGUCCCUGUGGUAAUUUUAAAGCAUGUAAUUAUUAAACUGGUAAUAAUUGAAGGCUAGAAAAUAAGAACUAGGAGGAUCUAGA